ACAAAGUGUAAGUAUAUAAGAAACCUUUAGCGAUGACGUCACAUCAAUUUUCGUUUCAAUCAGAGCAACAGUUUUCGCGAUUGUCAAAUAUCUGCCAAGGCAUUUAAUUUUUCUUUUUCUCAAUCACCGGGUAACACUCCAUUUUUGACAAGUAUUCCUUCCCUUCUGACAUGUUGCCAUUUUGACAUUUCGCUAACAGUCUUCUUACUCUAUCGUGGCAUGAAAUCCACCACUAGACUAUGCCAAAAUCCCUCCUCAGAACCUUAGGAAUCACUCUGCUAAUCUUGAUUAUUUCUCAGUCUUCUACACCUAAGCUCAAUCAACAAGACGUUGCCUUAGCCAAGCGGUCGCUCCUCCAACGAGAACGCAAAUUCUUCAAAACGCAGCCCAUGAGUGAAGACCUAAAGUCGUUCAUCCAAAGGUACAAACGAAGAAAUGAGAACCCCGACAAACUAGAAGACACGAGGAAGAAGCGUUCGCAGGACCUCGACGAAAAUCUUCUAUACGUGAUACAAAACGGUCAGUUGGUCCCUUUUAGGAACAUCAAGGAAAGUAAGAGAAGCGAAGAGCUGAACAUGGAACAAGAGGGCUACACUGUGGUACCUUUGAUUAUUCCGUUGAAUAUGAGAGCGCCGGGGGUUAAGCUAAUUAAAACUAGAACUUUGUCUGAAGAAAUGGAGAAACCUCUAGCAAAAGACGAAAAGUCUGGAGCUUCUGUGGCGCCGGUGUCAGCGAUUGGGAGCAGUACGGCGGCUUCGGUGGGUAGUGAUAAAGGGGCAGAGGGGGCGAGCGGAACGCCUCCAACAGCAUUAGAGGAGGAAGGAAGCGACAAUAACACAAAGGAAGAGACCCAAGUUCUGCACAGGAUACUGGAGGAUGUGGAAGGGUUGAUGCAGUGGAAGCACGAAGGCAACAAAAAAGAAGGUGUGCUUUGUAACCUCAACGGUUCCUGGAUCAGUGACGCUGCCGGGAUGCGUUUCGACAUCUGCUACAAGAACUCCACGCGAAAAAAAUUCCGAAUACACGUGGCCGACCGGAUUCCGCCCAACGAAGACGGUUUCUUGUGCGACGGUAACUGGACGGUCUUCGGCGAACUUCCGUUCCUGCAUUCCGGGAUGGUGAUCGCUCUGGCCGUUCACGAGAAGGACAAACAUAUAGCUACUUUUAUAGGGGAAUGUCGAACAUGCGAGGGAAGUGAGACGGUCACAGGAACAUGGCUUAUAGGGCGAAGUUCACGUGACUGCAAGGACCAGAAGGCAGCACACAAAGUACUGAGCGACGUGUGGAAGCGAGAGCAGGGGCAUACGUUGAGGAAGAAACACUUGGAGCAGAUCGGAUAUAGUAUGAAGGACGACGACGAUUAGGAGAAGAAGGGUCUGGGUUAGUUGAAGAAAACGACGUUCAAAGUAAUAAAGGUUUUAAUGAUUUGAAGCUUAGCUAUACAGUAGGUUUAGGUUUACGUUAUCGCAUAACGUGUGCACAUAAUACAAAACUUAAAAAUGGCUA